GCUGUACGAGCCGGCGGCCGGCGGGGACGGGACAAGGCAGGACAGGCUGAGCCGCGCCGAGCCGAGCCGCGCCGCCGCCGCGGACGGACGGACGGACGGGACGGGACGGAGCGAGUGGAGUUACCGGGCGGGGCCGGGCGUGCGUGGGAGCGCGGCGCCGGGCGGCCGCGAUGUGCGGGGCGGGAGCGGCGACGGGCGCCUGAAGCCGGGGCCGCCGCGGGAUCCAGGCGCCCCGGCCCCGGGAGGGACGAUGGCCCGGCCGGACGGGCGCGCCGGCCUGCGCCGCGGGCUGCUGGGCGUGCUGCUCGCGCUGUGCCGCCUCGCCGCGCCGCUGCUGGCCAAGAACCUGGAACCGGUGUCGUGGAGCUCCGCCAACCCCAAGUUCAUGACUGGGAAAGGGCUGGUCAUCUACCCAGAGAUUGGGGACAAACUGGACAUUAUCUGUCCCAAAGCAGAGCCAUCCAGGCCUUACGAAUACUACAAGCUCUACUUGGUGAAGCGAGAGCAGGCAGAGUCCUGCAGCACUGUCAUGGAUCCCAAUGUGCUGGUAACCUGCAACCGGCCUGAUCAUGAGAUCCGUUUCACGAUCAAGUUCCAGGAGUUCAGCCCUAAUUACAUGGGCCUCGAGUUCAAGAGGCAGCAGGACUACUUCAUCACGUCCACUUCCAAUGGGACUCUGGAUGGCCUGGAGAACAGAGAAGGCGGGGUCUGCCAGACACGGUCCAUGAAGAUUGUCAUGAAAGUAGGGCAGGAUCCAAAUGCUGUGAUCCCAGAGCAGCUGACAACCAGUCGGCCCAGCAAGGAAUCGGACAACACGAUGAAAGUUGUCACACAGAGUCCACGCAACAAGGUCCCUGUGAUAGAAGAACCUGGGAAGCCAGGUUCUGUUAACCAGGAUGGCAAGGAAACUCAAGGUCCCAGUGAUGGAUUCUUCAGCUCCAAGGUAGCAGUAUUUGCUGCCAUCGGUGCUGGCUGUGUUAUCUUCAUCCUCAUCAUCAUCUUCCUCGUUGUCCUCCUGAUCAAGAUUCGCAAGCGGCACCGGAAGCACACCCAGCAGCGGGCAGCGGCUUUGUCACUCAGUACCUUGGCCAGCCCAAAGUGCAGCGGUAAUGCAGGCUCAGAACCCAGCGAUAUCAUCAUCCCCUUACGGACUACAGAAAACAACUACUGCCCUCACUACGAGAAGGUGAGCGGGGACUAUGGGCACCCCGUCUACAUCGUCCAGGAGAUGCCCCCCCAGAGCCCAGCCAACAUCUACUACAAGGUCUGAGGAGCAGCCUCAGCUACCCACCAAUGCAAGAGCACUAGAGAGCUGAGGGCCCUGGGGGCAGCUGCUGGCGCUCCCCACCAGUGUGCUCGCUCCAUGAGGGAAGAAGUGAAUCAAAUCCCAUGGCAAGACAAGGGGAGCGCAAGGGUCUCGCACCAGAUAGUGGAUCACUCGCUCGCACGCUCUCUCUGUUCUCCCUUUGUAUUUAGUUUUGUAGUUCUCAGCUUUUGUAAUCCCAAGACUUGAGGGUGAGCCUUUAGCAUCCUCCUCUGCUGCUUCAGACUGCAUCCUGGCUCUGUUAUCCAUCCGGCCGUGAUGCGGCCCUAGCGCGUGCAGCACCCAGCGUGCGUGGGCUUCGUGCCUUUCCUCACUCUCGGACACCACUGGUGACACCAGAAGACUCCACUCCUGCUUUGUUUUUUGGGAUUUUCCCUUUCAGCUUCCUCAUCUAUAUUUUAUUACAUUGAAUAUUCUUGUGUUUGGGGGCUGUGCCCUGGGUGGCUUAGGUCCAGAAUGGUCCUGGGAAGUCGGAUGAACUUGGGGGCCACAGAAAAGAGCCUCCUACUCGGUGUGGAAAGGAGCAGCUUGGGGAGGCAGCCUUUGCCGAGGCACAGCGAGGAUGCAGAGACCGUGCAGGGAGGAAGCUGACAAACCCGACUUACUUAUUAUUAUUAUUAUUUUAAUUUUUGUAACGUUUUUAUUUUUGUGAAUUCUUGGUGGGACUCUGAGCCGCCACCCUCAGCCAUCUGGCACGCUCCCCUCCCCUCUCUGCCCCACCUGCCGUGGUGGGGCCUCCUGGCCACAGAACACGGACUCAUGCCUUCUGCUGUCGUUGCCAUCCUAAACUUUUUGUGUUCACAGUUCGUAGCCGUUGACUCUUGUUUUAGUCUCUUUUUAAAAAAAAGAAAAGAAAAAAAAUGUAUGACGUCUUGAACGGUCAGUAUGUGUGAGAGGGCUCUGCCUCCCCCACACAGAGCCAGCAGCCUCCUGUCCUUCCACCACAUGGUGACUCUUCUGAGCCCUCUCCCCCCUAGAAAAGGUGCGUCUUCUCCCCAGUGUGCAUCCCGCCUGAUCUCAUUCCCUAGGAUGGAGAGUGGCCGGGCUGGUUUCUUCAAAAGCAAGGGGAAGGUAGAUUCACAGAUGCUAGGGUUGGAAGGGACCUCAACAGAUCAUUGAGUCCAACCCCCUGCCUAGGCAGGAAAGAGUGCUGGGGUCAGAUGAUCCCAGUCAUAGGUGGUAGUAGGAUGGCACUGGUUGCCCGUCUCAGGCUGCAUCUAGGACUGUGCUGAGGUGAGACAGGAGGGAAUAGCCAAGAUGUUAGGCAUAGGUUUCAUCCCUGGAUUCAUCAUUUGAGCAUAUUGUGAAGUGGGUUGGGUCCUUGGGUUCAGGCCACGGUGCUUCCAUUUGGGAGAGAGAAGAGGAAAACGGGCCUGAAGUUGUUACUUAACAUGUACUCAGGAGCCUAGAACAAGGGGUUGGGGAGCAGGAGAAGGGAAGGGAGAGCAAACUAUCUCCGUGUGAGAGGGAGCAGAUAUUAUGUGGCUACUGCAGUUGGGCUUUGGUUCUGGGCCUUGGCUGGGAUAGACUGGAAUUUGGAGAAAGCUCCCCAUACCACUACUCUUCUCCAGAGGUCAUCUAGACCCUGAUCUGCCUUCGCUCAUCUCAGUCUUGCUACAGAAGGAAGCUGGGCCUUUUUUUCCAUUCGCAUUUUAAUUUCCAGAACUCUCUGGUUUCCCUAGUGACUGUCAGGCUUGAGUGGAGACUCAUAUUUGAUGCUCCACCGACAUGUGGAUGGGGCAUGGGAGCUUGGAGUGCUUAGGCCAUGGCACAGUGCAGGAGCUCCCAUGUCAGUCUCCCAGGGUGCUGUGCUGGGCCCUUACCUUCCCUCAGCCUUUCCCAUACAUAUGUGUGGUGUGAGCUCAGCUCUUUAGAUUUGCUGAGGCCCCAAAUAUUGGAAGUGCAAUGCGGGGCAGAGAGUGGGGGGGGAGGUGGGCAAAGUUUGGUGAAAGUUUGGAGAGAAUUGCAGGCAGAAGGGCAGAUUUGGCCCCUGCUGGGGGAAAGCUCAGUGGAAGAGAAGGCAUAAAAAGCACAGAACAAAAUGGAGAGCACAUGCCCCAGCAGCUGACCUGUUCCCAUGACAGGGGGUCUCUUGGCCUAGUGCCUUCUCUCUCUGGCACAAAGACCUCCUUUCCAGGGGGCAGAUUCAUAGAUGCUAGGGUCAGAAAGGAUCAUCGAGUCUGAACACCUGCCUAGGCAGCAAUGGUCCAGAUGUUGGACCAGGAGAGAUGGGGAAUGGUGGAGGGUGUGAUGAGGUCCUGUUGGAAAAGGGGUGCUUUGGUCUGUGGAAAUGGCCUCCUGGGACACUGCUCAAAGGGAGCAAAUGGUUGUUAGAAAGGGGAAAAUGGGAGCUCAGGGCCAGUGGAGCAGCUGUGGUCCACCCCAGGCAAGGCCAGGAGCAGCAAGACACCCUCUCCCCCAUCCCCUUCCAGGCCUCAUAGAUUUCAUAGACAUUAGGGCUGGAAGGGACCUCGGAAGAUCAUCGAGUCCAGCCCCCUGUCCAAAGGGCAGGACGUCAGCUGGGGUCAUAGGAUCCCAGCAAGAUAAGCAUCCAGUUUCAUCUUGAAGGUGUUCAAUGAAGGCGCUUGAACAACCUCCGGUGGCAGGCUGUUCCAGACCUUGGGGGCUCGGACAGUAAAGAAAUUCUUCCUUAUGUCCAGCCUGAAACGAUCUUGUAGUAGUUUGUGACCAUUCGUCCUCGUCAUCCCUUGGGGCGCUCUGGUGAACAAACGUUCCCCUAGAUACUGGUGGUCACCCCUGAUAAACUUGUAGGUGGCCAUCAGAUCACCCCUGAGCCUGCGCUUUUCCAGGCUAAAGCAAAUCAGUGGCUGGAGCCAUCACUGCCUUGAUAGUGGGUGAACCAGAGCCUUAGAAUCACAGGAAACUUAAGCUAAUCUGAUCACAGGACCCUCCCUGCUGUCCCUGGGUGAGUCGCAGCAGAAGGGGAGAGUGUUACCCCAGGCGCACACCCAGCUGCCACUCUGAGACAUGGCUGUAUCGAGGGGUUUCAUUUAGCACCUUUUGAUCUCACCUCGUCCUCCUUCCCUCCCUCCCAAAUGCGCCUUUCCUUCCCCAUCGGGACGUCUAUGCAGGAUGCCAUGCUGUGCCGCAGAGCUGCCGGGCUGGGCAGAGUGUUUUGCUGAGGUGUUUCUAAAGGGCUUAGACAAUAGUGCACUUUGAGGCGUGCUCAGUGGAGGUUGGCCAAGGUGUCCAGGGUUUUCAGUGCUCUGCAGAGGAGCACCUGAGUCUGCUGUUUAAAAUGGCAAAAAGCUUCUCAUUGUGUCUUAAAGAAAAAUUUUCUCCCUUGUCCCCAUCUUCCUGUUUCCGCAAGGAACCCAGAAACAAUCCUCCAGAUUCCUACCACAGGAGAAAGCCCCGUCUGGGAAUGAUGAUGUUUAAAGAGCUGUUUAUUUACAGGGGGUUUCACUUCACAGCCUGGAAAGGAGCGACUGACAAUGGUUUUGAGACUCAGCUUGGGGCUGGGGCUGGGGGAACGGGUGAAGGGAGGGGCUAGGGAAUUACAGGGAGCCUGGCCAGAUGCCAUACCAAAAGCAAACACAGUUUUUCUACCUUUUUUAAUGUUAGCUCUCCAGUGUGGUUGCUGUCCUCGAGUGCAGUGUCUUCUCCCCAUCACCUCCACCCCUUCUUGGGGUCCUUAACCCUCAGCUUUUAACUGCUGAAGGAAACAAAGCAGUAAGACAAAACCACCAGUCACCAGUAGAGAAGGGGGUGUUGCUUAGUCACCCCGACCCACCCAACUAACUCCUUUUGCUGUGGGCAGCUGGAAACGCUUGUAAAUAAUGUGCCAGGGUGAAACCUGAGCUCUGAUCUUUCUGAGCACCUCAGUUUGCUGGGCCCUAAACCUGGGUGUCCCUUUUGUUCUUUUCAUUGAAAGAAUUGAAGGUUUUUUUUUUUUUGUUCUGUUUUUUUGUUGCUGUUCGUGUAAAUACUAGUCUUUUUUGGAAGAAAUAAUGUAAAGACGUUUUGUAUAAACUCUGAAUUAUUUUCUGGUUGCUUUUUCUUAGAAAAACAAAUGAGAACUAAAAAAAAAAAUUAACCACAAGAACGGGUGUAAAACAUUGUCAUGCUACGAUCCAAGUCAGGAGGCUCGUUCGAGGGCGUGUGCGCGCGCGGGCAUGUGUCCCAGGGGGCCAUGGGGAAUCGGGUAUAUGGGGUGAGGUGCGAACUGCCUAGAUUAUUGUAUGAAAAUCCAGGUCCCAAAACUGCUCUCCAAAAGAGAUGGGGAAGUGGGGGGAGGAGCUGCUGCAUGAAACUGGCCUGAGGGGCCCAGAUUGGUCCCCUAGGUGUUCAGUCCCUCGCCUGGCAGGAUAACCUGUAAUAUCUCUUCUGGUGCCUGCUUCAGUGCUCUCCAGAGGAGACUGCAGCAUAGUGCUCCUCCCAAGAAUAUUUAGAGCUGUGGUGGGCAUUCCCCGCUUCGUUGAUAUAAUGCAGGAUCUUACUUCCCAUUAAAAUAUAGUUGCUUAGGACCCAGUUCAGGCUGCUUCCCUCUUUCCUGAUCACAACUAACUUUUCCAAGCUAUCCCCCUCACAACUCCCAGCCUCCUUGUACCUACCGCUCCAGGAGCUGGAGUCGUAUCAUUCUCACGUGAAGAUCUGAUCAUAAGUUUAUAGAUGAGUUUCUUGCCUUCCUGGUUGUGGAGAAGAGCUUGCAAAUGUGACCCAAGACUCAAAGGCAAAAAAGAAAUGACCAGAACCUCAGACUUUAAUUUUAAACCUCAUGAUUUUUCAGCCACCUCCUUGCCUGUCCCUCAUGCAUUGGGGGCCUGACUUCUCACAUUUUAACAUGUGGGGGCUUGUCAGUGUGGUGGCUUUGCUUCUCCCACCCCUUCUUAUUUUGAACUGAAGAGUGCAAGUUAAAUGCAAACUUUCCCUGUGCUGGAGAAGGCCCCUUGUGCCUAACUAGAGCCCGUGGUUGAAUGGACUCGUUGGUUCAGUCGGCUCAAGGAUCAUUGGUUGUGCAGGGAGAUGCGCAUGUGCCCCAUGGAAGCCAUCUCCAGGCCCAUGGGGAGGCUUGUCUCUGCCUCUGGUUAUUACUCUCCAAUUGCAGCUUCUAAUGUUCAAAGCUCCUGCAUUAUAUCAACACAGCAAAUCCAUGGAGUGUCACUUGUGCAGUACCUGGUUCUCUGUGGAAGGGGAAGUUAGCAAGCUGAAGUGAAAAGGGGCAAGAGACCCUGGUGUCUCUGUGGUAGCGUGCACGCGUGCACAAACACCUGUAACGUGGCAUGCUCCCACAUUUCAGAGAUGUAAAAAUGCAUCCAUCCUUGGGAGUGUGUGUACAUACCAAGUAUAUGCAGACACACCCUGCCUGACAGAUGAGCCCUGAACACCAUACGUCACAGCCAUGAGCACAUUUGGGUCAUCUCAUUAAAUCCCACGAUCCAGUAUUCUGAAGAAAAAACACUUUCCCUUCCACUUUCCUAGGUAGCAAAUCUCAAGUCACGUGAUCAACCAGUGGUGCUGCAGCCCCCAGCUGUUUAUGCCCACCUGUGUUGGGGCAGAGAAGCAGUUAACAUCUCCCAAGCAUUCUGUCUGGAUCAUGCCCUUCCUCUUCCCUCCUCCAUCCCAAGUAGCCCUCCUGACACUAACACUGAUGCUGCCAGCAGCUUCCUCUUGAUUGUAAGAGAUCUGAGGUAGCAGGUCCUGGGACCCUCCUGUGAAUUGCUGGGGUUUCUGUGAGUCAGAUGCAGGAGGACAGCUAAUGAAUGUGCUGGGAGUACGUUAGCUGCCCUGCUGAUGUACUUGCUGUAUGCAGAGAAUACAGAUGCUCUUCAGCCACAGCACAAAGCUAAUGACGGUUUAACAUUUUGCCUUCAUUAAUGGAAUUAAUGCAUUAGCGCAUGCUUUCUCCAAGGCUCUCCACACAGAACCAUCCACUCAAGCUUCUCUUUGGCAGGCAGCAGAUAAUUUGAUUUAAGAAGGGCUCCAAAAUGAGUGCCUCUUCUCAUGAACACUUGUUCCCUUCCUUCGAUCUCCUCAUUGUGAGUGGGGGGUGUGUUUCUUCCAGCCCUUGAGCACAGUAUCAGCAGGGCCCAGCAGCUCACUCCCUGGUUGAUCAUCUUGUGACUUCCAAUCACGUUCCAUCCAUGCCUUUAGGUUUCAGUUUGGUUCCUGGGCCGUGGCCCAGAGUGCUGGGUUCACUCAAAUGAUGCAUUCUCUUGUUGUUCCUUGUCACGUUUCUUUUUAAUUCUUUUGCCUUUUACACAGCUGCUUUCACCUAGUAUCAUAUCAUCCUCAGUAAUCAAUAAUAUGGAAUCUGAAUUCCAUGGAGCCAUGAUGGAACCUGAUAUAUUGUUAAAUAAAAGAUUUUUUCCUAUGGAAA